AUGGCGCAAUCCCUCCCUUCUCUGCCAAAAAGCAUCCCAUCCGCUUUGGUGAUGUGGAAAGACAUGAGUCCCUAUGAUGCGCGACUACGGGCAGUGAGCCCCUCGUCUCCCCGGAUUCUCGUGAUUGGGGGAGGCGUGACAGGUCUAAUCACCUCCUGGGCGUUACUUGACAAGGGGUACCAUGUGACUAUUCUCUCCAAGGAGUGGGCAUCGUACGGCCGCGAGCAACGAUUGACCUCGCAGAUCGCUGGCGCGCUGUGGGAAUUCCCCCAGCUCUCUGCCUCGGGAGUGUCUAUGAAGCCAGCUGAUUUCUUCUUUUUCAACUCCAUCGAGAAGAACCCAGGUCAACGGGCUAAGAUGGAGAAGAUCAUGGCUAGCGGAUUAAUUAAGAAAUACCACAUCAAUCCGCAAUGCGUUGUCGAUGCCUAUGAGCACUUGGCGCCGGUUAUUGACACUGACCAGUGUAUGGAGUGGCUUAUGAAGCUAGUACGGGCAAAAGGAGCCAUGCUCGUGAAAGAAACAUUGCAAGGUAACCUCCUAGAGUGCGAGGAACAGCUUCGUCGACGUUUUCAAGUAGACGUGAUUUUGAACGCUACGGGCCUGGCUGGGGAGCUUGCCGGCGAUACCUCCUGCUAUCCUAUACGUGGUGGAUUGAUCCGAGUUAUUAACGAUGGAUUGGACUUCCCCAAGGUAGAGGCCGCCCUUAGCAUCUCUGCUGAUGCUGCCUUCUCUUCUGAUGCUGCCCUCUCUGCUGAUGCCGCCCUCUCUUCUGAUGCUGUCCAAUCUGAGCAUGGUUUUGUCUUUUUAUUACCUCGCAAUGACGAUAUUCUAUUGAUUGGGGGUAUUGCUGAGCCACACGAAUGGAAUUUGGAUCUUACACUGGACUCGCCAAUUAUUAAACGUAUGCGAGAGCGCUGCGAGACCUUUCUUCCCAGUCUGAAGAGCGCCCGCCUGGAUCCUGACUACCCAUUGGCUCAGGGAUUACGGCCCUUUCGCGCAAAGAAUGUACGUGUGGAACGUGAAUUGCGAAGACUGGGCCGCAAGCCUAGCCGCAUCGUGCACUCAUAUGGCCAAGGCGGCGCGGGAUGGAGCCUUUGUUUCGGAUGUGCAUCGGAUGCUCUGGCGUUGAUUGAAGAAGCCCUGCUGGACCUGGAACCGAUGCCUAUGGCGAGUCUUGAUUCUUCUUGCCCCAUGUUAUCUCAGACCAUGCAGGCACACCUCUAG